AUAGGCAAGUCCUUUAUGCUGAACUUUUUCCUGCGAUACCUGCAGUCCGGUUGCGGCACAACCGACGACUGGCUCGGCUCGACAGACACCCCACUCAAGGGGUUCUCGUGGAGGGGCGGCAGUGAAAGGGACACCACAGGUAUACUGAUGUGGUCGGAGCCGUUUGUCAUCAAACUGGACGACGGCCAGGAGGUGGCCAUCGUUUUGAUGGACACUCAGGGGGCGUUUGACUCGGAGUACACCGUUCGGGACUCGGCCACUGUGUUCGCGCUCUCUACUAUGACCUCAUCAAUACAGGUGUUCAAUCUGAUGCACAAUCUCCAGGAGGACAACCUCCAGGUGUUGGAGAUAUUCACCGAAUACGGCCGACUGGCGCUCGAGGCCACCGACGAGAAGCCGUUCCAGAAGCUACUGUUUCUCAUACGGGACUGGAGUUUCCCAUACGAACACCCGUACGGUCUGACCGGCGGUCAGAGUCUACUCGAGAAGAAGUUGGCCAUCAAAGACAAUCAGCCGACACAAUUGCAACGCGUCCGGCGCCACAUUCGCUCCUGUUUUAGCGAUAUUGGCUGCUAUUUGAUGCCACAUCCGGGCAACAAAGUGUCCACUAAUCCCCGCUUUGACGGCCGAGUGGCCGAUAUUGACUCGGAGUUUGUCGACUAUCUGAAGACGUUUGUGCCGCUGAUGUUAGACCCGAAAAAUGUGGUCGUGAAGGAGAUCGGCGGCCGUCAGGUCACCGGCAAACAACUCAUGGAGUACUUCAAAGUGUAUAUCAAUGUGUUUGCAGGCGAAACAAUGCCCGAACCCAAGUCUAUGCUUGAGGCUACGGCCGAGGCCAACAACUUGACCGCAGUGGCCACAGUCAAAGACACGUACGUGGCCUCCAUGGAGGACAUCUGCGGCGGCGAACGGCCGUUCAUUAACCCCAAGACACUGGAGACCCGCCACCAGGAGCUCCGGGCGGAGGCCAUGGAUCUGUUCGAUAAGAUACCGAAGAUGGGUGGGCGCGAGUUCUCCGAGUCCUAUAGGGAACAGUUGGUGAUGGAGUUGGACCAGACGUUUGAACACUUUGAGGCCCAGAAUAAGAGCAAGAAUAUGUUUAAUAUCUUUGGGACACCGAUGGUUUUGCUGGUGGCGUGCGUUGUGCUGUUCAUAGUGUCCCGUUUCUGCGAAAUACUUGGUCUCUCACCGAUCGCUAACCUGGCCUUCAUUGUGGGCACCGUUGACUUGGGUGUACUCAUCACUUACCUGUUCUUCCGAUACAGUGGUAAUUAUCCCGAUGUCAUCCUAUUCAUCGACUUCUAC